CAUGUAUGAGGCACAUUUUUUCAUUUCCAAAAAUAAAUAAAUAACACAGUUCAGUCGGUUACAUAUUGAACUUGAAGAAGAUAAAACAAGAUAUCGAUCCUCCUGUGCUCGUAUCAAUCCGUUACCAGUAUUAGUGUUGGUAUGAUACUCUUGAUAUUCACAUUGUUCUGUCGUUCAGGUGUGCCACUGGAGAAUCACCUCAGUUUUUCACUGUGUUCUGUGUAGCAGCUAUGCAAACAAGAAGAGCAAAGAUAUUUUUGGACUUGUGAUUGUUGUUAGUGCACAGCUGUGCAGCACAUGUAUUUAGGUUCACCCUCCCCACCCCAGGCAGACAUGCAUGAGCUAUUUAACCUGCAAACACACAGCCUGGCAGCUGAUGGACAGUUAAGCAGCUAAAGACCCGAAAAUUCACCCCAAAGGUUUAAAGGAGAGCAAAGCUACAACAGGAGGUAAUAGCUAUGACUUCCUUUAGUCAGACUUUGAGCUUUCUGCUAAUCAGCUCUACUGUGUUAAUGUUACACUGUGUGCCGAGUACAAAUGUCUUCCCUAUAUUCUUUCGUGGACGCCCCCAAGUGGACAUCAGCAGCAUUACAGCAUCAGUCCAAGAUAAAAAUAGCUCAGUUUCGCUUUCCAAUCGUCAGAAAUGAUACCGAAGUUUUCCUCCUCCCAUGAAACCAGCGGCCGCUGUCGUCAAGCUGCGGUUUGGUCUCCCAGGUGGAAGUUAACGCAGGCAGAGCUCGGACACGAUGGAGACGGAAAUACUGAAAAUGAUCUGCGCCGGCCAAGGAGCAGUCAACACGGAGGAUUUAGUGUAUAAUCUGUUUUCCGGAGAUCCCACGAAGUUGUCGGAGAUCAUUUGUAACCAAGAGAAAUUUGUUUCCUGUUGUCCAAACGGACAGCCGAAGGUGGUGGCCAGGACCCGCCUGAGACUUUGCAGAGUGAAAGACUGCCCGGGGACGUGCAGGGGUCUGCACCUGUGCAAAAACUUCCUCUUCAGCGGAUUCUGUCAGUUCACUCAGCUCAGGAGGGGCUGCAGCUUCUCCCAUGAGCUGACGUCUGAUCAUAACCAAAGACUUCUGAGGCAGCAUGAGCUGGAGAGCCUGAGCCGAGAGGAGCUGUGCACCCUGCUGCUGCAGAGUGACCACACACUCCUUCCUGCUAUAUGCUACGACUACAACAACGGUGAUGGAGAGUUCGGCCGGUGUCAGGAUGGUGAUGGUUGCAGGAGGCUCCACAUCUGCCAGAAGUACAUCAGCCGUGAAUGCAGCUGCUCGAGGAAUCACAAUUUUACUGCUCCACAGCCCAUAAAAAAUGUCCAAGAAAGAGGCGUACCUGGUGCCCUUCUGCCAUCCUUGAAGGCUGUGUAUGCAAAUAAAGAGGCUUUGAGGCUGGCUGAGAAUGGUCAACAACAGCGGAGAGGCAGAGGGAGAGGUGGUAGGGGUGCGACAGGCAGCAGGGGCAAUAGGGGAAACAGAGGAAACCAGAGCAGCCGACCAGUGCAGGAUCGAGCCUCCUCACUUACUGAGAUGCUUGCUGGCACUCACAUCUUCGAUCUGUACACCAGUAAUGGACUGAAUGAAAGCGACGAUGAAAACUCUUCCACCAGUGACAUCUCCGCAGCCACCAGUGACAACGAUGCGAGCAGUGAAAACGGUGAGACUCGAAGACGGAGACGCCGUCAUGGAAGAAGUCAAGCAGCUGUCAGAGGGAGAGGCGGCAACAGGGGCACCAAUAAGCAACCACUACCAAAAACUCGUUCAUCAAGCAACAUUAACGCUGCUGUCAGUGAUGAAGCUGCUAAAGGUGGAGAAUGGCAGAACAAUAGACAGAGGCCUGUCAGAGAUAAAACAGGGAUCUGCAUGUACUUCAUUAAAGGUCACUGCAAACAUGAUGAUCGAUGUUUUAAAGCUCAUGACAAGAUGCCGUACCGAUGGCAGGUCCAAGAUGGAGUCCAGUGGACUGAUUUGCCCGAUAAUGAGACAAUUGAGAGAGACUACUGUGACCCCAGUAACUCAUACAGUAGCACCAGUCCAGCCGUGCACUUUGACACGAUGACCUGUGGAUCGAACAAAGUACGUCGACUCUCGACAGAAAACUCCGUGAUUGAGCCGACUUUCAUCCACACCACCGAGUGGCUUUGGUACUGGCAGGAUGAGUUUGGGAGGUGGAACACUUAUUCCGCAGAUACUAGUGGACAUAAAGCAGCAGACAUCAACAGCACAAAGCUGGAGGAGAAGUUUCUGGCCAAUGACAAAGACGUGGUGGACUUCACUGCUGGCUCCCAGUCGUAUUCACUCAGUUUCCAGGACAUGAUACAGACAAAUAAACGCUAUGGCACCAAAAGGUGUGUGUGCAGACGGCCACUGUUUGUCUCUGCUGCAGAUGUCCUAACAAAGAAAGUCAGACGGCCCGUGGUUAAAGCAUCUGCUCCAAUACCAGACAACUGGGACAAGACACAGAUCCCCGAAACAGGAUAUUCGCGAAUCUCCGUCCAGCGCGCUUCAGAUGAAUUUAAGACGGUGGAAACUCAUUUCUGUAAAACCAUGAAAGGCUUUGAUAUUGUCAAAAUUGAGAGGAUUCAGAACAAAGCUCUUUGGGAAGUCUUUCAAUGGCAAAAGAAUCAGAUGAAGACCAAAAACAAAGGGGGAAAUGUGACUGAGAAAAAGCUUUUUCAUGGCACUCACUCCAAAUUUGUUGACACCAUCUGCCACCACAACUUUGACUGGAGAAUCUGCGGACUUAAUGGAACGGCUUUUGGCAAAGGUAGUUACUUUGCCCGUGAUGCCAGAUACUCCCACAACUACACCGGUGACACUGACGUCAGAGACAUGUUCAUCUCACGGGUGCUGGUGGGAGACUUCACCAAAGGGUCCUCCGAUUAUCCCCGACCUCCUUCGAAGGACGGAGGGGACAUAAACUUCUAUGACAGCUGUGUUGACGAUGUAAUGGACCCCUCCAUAUAUGUGGUGUUUGAGAAGCACCAGAUCUACCCCGAGUACCUGAUAAAGUACAAGACCACACACCCACUAGUUAGUACAUUGAUGUACAGUGGUGGUGCAUCAGCACCAGCACCAAAGCCAGUGGCAGCACCAAAGCCAGCUACCAUAUCGGCUUACCAACCUAGCACGAUCUCCUCUGGAUAUAAAGCCAGUACCUCCGCUUCUUUUUACUCACCUAACACAACCUCUUCGCCCCACCCAUCUAGCUCGGCGUCUUCUGGGUACCCAUCUAGCUCGGCGUCUUCUGGGUACCCAUCUAGCUCGGCGUCUUCUGGGUACCCAUCUAGCUCGGCGUCUUCUGGGUACCAAUACAGUACCUCGUACUCAAACAUCAGAACAGUUAACCAGCCCACACAUGUCCCUCCAUCUCCCUCAGCACCCCCAAAGAAAACAUCCGAUUCUUGUGUCAUUGCUUAACAUCAGUGGUGUAAAGGGGGUUGGUGGUGUUUUGCAAUAAUAAUAAUAGUAAUAAUAAUAGUAAUAAUAAUAAUAAUUAAUAAUAGCAUAAAAACAGACAGCAAUGGUGGAUCUUGAGCACUAAAAGUGUUAAUUUGAGUAACUGAGAAGAAAACAAAUGAAGCCACAGAUAUUAAUGAAUUCCAGAAGAUUAGAAUAUGUGAUUUAUUAGCUGCUGUUUAUAAUGAACAGAUAACCAGUUUAGGAUUAACUCACUUCUCAGUCAACUGCUAUUAAAGCAGCUUCACAUGACUUUGAAUGAUGAGACUUUGGUUUGCUGAAUAGGUAAGCGAGAGGCAGUGCAGAAGAAAGCUUCAGAACUGUUACAUUUUCCCGUUACACUUCAUAAUUUCUUUUUGUUGUUGUUGUUUUGAUGCUUGAAUUUUUCCACCUCGAACAAAUGUAAAAUGAUUUUCUACCAAUUGCCAGCAUUUCCACGCACUUUGUUUUUAUGUGCAAAUUGAAGAUGCACGUAAACAUGUGGCAUUUUGGCACAAUCACAAUUGUUGAGGUGUUGUUUAAAGAAACUACACUAACUUUUUUACAGAAAAUAAAAAAUAAACGGCAGCGGUGUGCGAGCCGUAUCAGAAGAAACACCUGAGUGCUUUCCUCGUGAUUAUCUCAGGAAGUUUUAUACGUCAUCCACAUUUAGUGGUUACCAUACGAACGCAUCGUACUGUAUCACGUAAUGAUGAAAAACACUGUGUCAGAUUAGGCCAUUAGUGUCACGAAUUCUCGUAACAACUUAGUCAAGACACAUGACGGACUGCGCGUUGGUGCCUAAUGAUAGCUUUGCUGCUUUAGACGACCUUUGUGAUGUCAGCAGGAAGCUGGGCCCAACUUCUGGGAACACGGAAACAAACAGCGGCGCCGUGUGAUAGUCACUGCUCCGUGUUUGGAAAAACCUGAAAGAAAAUGUUUAAUGUUGUUUACAACUACGAGUGACAAACUCAGGAGUACAAAGCUACCUUGAGUCACUUUAAAUAUUGCUCUAGUGACUGGAUGCCAGUAUAUCUCAGUGCUCACAGAGCAGGUGAUCCAUAUAACAUAAGGCUGUUGCAGAGGGCCGGGCUCAAAUCUGACCCCACACCAUUUGCACGCCUUCUCCCUCCUUUACUGUCCUAUCAUAAACAAACGCCCCCCAUAAAUGUUGUUCACUUACUGGAUUUGCGUCUUUCAGUGAACAUUUAAAAAAAAUAUAACUGGUUGAGAAUCAACCCCAGCCACUGCAACCUCACUGUUUCCGAGUGAUAGCGAGUGUUUUGGGGCGAUAUCCAAGCGUGGCCUGCUCGUUCCAUUUGUCUAUAAGGUCUUUUUUUUUUUUUUUUUUUUUUUUUUUUUUUUAAAUAAAUCUUCCCGUAAGAAGAUUAACGAUUGUUUGGAUAUUGCAUUUUGGCGAUAUCUCUGUAGGGUCCUGCUCAAAGCCUGCUUAACCGUGAUUGGUUAAUGCUCCUUGGGAUUUCUCUUUAAUCUUUCAAGUGAUUUGAAAAUAAUUUAUGAUUAAAAUGAAAAAAAAUGUGACUUAAGCUUUUACCUACCACUAGAAGGUAAAAAAAAAAAAAACAGGCUAUAUUGAUUAUUUUAUUGAUAAAAUGUAAAUGAAAGGCUUGUAAUGUGCAUGGUGGGUGAUUUGUUUAGGGUGUGAUUAUUGAUCAUUUCACCUGCUCAACAUGAAUAAUCACUGUUUUCACAAUUAUUAAAGUAAAGCAUGUUGCAGCACA